UUGGCAGAAGAUAAGUCUAAUGCACAGGUUGCCUGACAGGAAAGAGAGGAUCUUUGGGAUAUGAUGUAGCAAAAUAUUUUCAGUCUCCCUUUUCCCAUUUCCGUCUAGUCCUUGUAAGUCUGUGUUUAUCUUUUCCUUUCCCUCUACUACCUCACCACCUCUUCCUUCUUUCCAGGCUCAUCCAAACAACCUUUCUCCAGACUUGAGAACUGAGGAGUCAGUUGAAUUGGAAUAGAAAUGAGGAAAAUGAGGGUUGGAAUAUCCUAAGUGUUAUACUGAGAGGCUCAGCUAUUUCACUGGCCUCUCAUAAAGAGAGAAAUUAUGGGUUUCCAGAACUUGCAUUUUAUGGACAUUAUCAUUAGUACUAUAUGUUAAAAAAUUUUUUCUUUUUUAUGAGAUCGAACAUCAAGUUACCCUAGAAGAGCUACAAAACUUAAGUGUACUCUUUCAGGAGUAUGAAAAGAGAGGAAGACAGCUGCUGGACAUGGAAACUUUUAAAUGCAUAAUGCAGCAGAGUAUGAGGUCACAAAAUAAAAAUACUGAACAAAUAGAACAACUUUUCAUGAAAAUAGACUAUGAAUCAAUGGGCAGAAUUCAAUGGGAUGGCUUCUGCACGUAUUUGCAGCUAGAGUAUUCAGAGCAAGUGGAUGCUUUGGCCCAAGAGAAAGAGGUUUCCUUCCAGCUGCCUGCUGCGCUGCAAGGGCUGUCAUAUGGGGGUCCCGUGCUGCGCAUUCUCUCUAUGCCUGACGACACCGUAAUCAUGAUCAGAGAAGAUGGAGCGAUUUAUUUCUGGUCCCUGCAGCUGAAGUUGAAAAGAAGAAAGAGAGUUUUUGACAAGUCCAUGAGUUGGAAGCCCAGGUCGAUGACAGAUGUCAUCGGCAUGCCACAGUACAACAAACUGAUCAUAGGGACUAGAAACCGUGAAAUCCAGCUAUGUGAAUUCUCCAACUGGGAGCCUUACUGUCAGAUCAGUGGCUUAGAAGGUGUUCCUCUGAAACUGGACUACUGAGAAAGAAAAAGCGAGUAUGUGUGUGCACACAAGUGCGAACAAGGAGAGGGGCAGAGGAAGAC